AUGACGCAAGCGUUGCUUCAGCAACCAAGUAUGCUUCUUGUGCUAUGCUGCGAGCUCGAUAUUGAAACUCGUUUAAAAACGUUUAAUGACCUUGGGUUUUAAUUACGACGUAAAAUAAUGACUACACGAAGUGUAAGUCGUAGCUAGUUUGUAAUUUUUUUUUUAAAUUAAUAGUUAUUUAAAUGCGCAAGGAUUAUAUUAGCAAGGCGAGCUAACCAACAUGGGCUUGUCAGAAGAAGAAGAGCUGAAAAGCCUCAUCGCUAAAAGAUCAGAAGAGACUUUUAAGGAAGUUUUAGCGAAGCUGAAAGACCUUUUAGGCAGAAAGUCUGUAGGAGCCCAGAAGGAUUUAGAGAAAUGCAAACAAGACCUUUACACCCACAGAGUACUGGAAUACUGCUCUGCUGCACUCAGAUUCAGUCCUGCCAAAAUUAAAGGAAGUUAUACCUCCAUUACGCAAAUGGCAGACAUCCUCAGCACGUGCUGCGUCGGCAUCGGCUCUGUGAAGGAGCGAGAAGUGUUUCAUCGUCACUUUCUUCCAUCUGUAACUGACAACGUCCUGUUCCUCGCGCACCGCAUCAUGAACAGAGCAGUCAGGGAUAAAGGACAAACUGAGAUGAUCCGUCUCUUUCGGAACGUCUUCAAUUCUCUCAGCUGGCUUCUUAGAGCUCACACUCAUCUAAUUCCGUGUGUUCUCGACUCUAAAUAUUACGAGAGUGUGCAGAUGUGCGACGACGAUGAGGUCUCGGCAGUUAUACUAACGAUGUGGUACAAUCUGUUCAGGGCUAACAGUGCAGUUGUAUCUGAGAUGGCGAGCAAAGCGCUGUACAGUAUCACGGAUGACGUCGUGUAUAAAAUGUCGAGCAGCUCCAACCCUGUGAUCGGUAGCGCUGCUGUAAAGAUCAUGCUGUUGAUCAUAGAGCAGAAGAGUCUCUCCGUCUCUCUGCAGCUUCACGAACGCUACAAAGGGCUGGAUGAUAUGGUGCAGAAGGACUGGAGAGGUAAAGGCUUCGACGCAGCACUGAGGCAACUCAUCCAUCGACUGCAGUCUGAAGAUCCUGAAAAACACACUCAGGCUCAGCACUCGUCUGAGGAGAGGGUUCGAGCCGCCUGUGUGAUCCAGGCUGCAUGGAGAGCUCAUCAGACCCGAUGCAGGCUGAAGAAACUCCCCAGAGCCGUGAGUGUGUUACAGCGGAGCUUCAGAGAGAGGAGACGCCAGAGGCAGGCAGAGACAGAGAAACGUCUUGCGGAGGAAGAACUGCGUCAUCAAGUGCGUCUGCGCAGACAGAGAGCGAUUCGGCAGUUCCGGCAGCGGCAGCUUCAUCUGAUGGAGAUUCUUCCUGCAGAGCACCUGGCGCAGUUCCUGGGCGAGCUGGAGAACAGAGCAGCUCUGCUGAUCCAGAGAGUGUGGAGAGGACACAGAGAGAGACGGCGGUUUGAGCAGAACAGAUAUCAUCUCAGACAGCACAAAGCUGCAGUGACUCUGCAGAGAGCAAUUCUGGCGUUCCUAAAGCGACGACGAUCUCAGAGGAACUUUGUAGCAUCGUGGAAAAGCCCCAAAGGCCUGACUGAGAGCAGGAGAGCAGAACUGAAGAGACAGAUAGAAGACCACAUCUCUCUUCACCCCUCCUCCGUGGUGUCAGCAGAGGGUACUCUAGCACUCCAUGAGAAAGCUCAGAGCGCACUGCAGCAGCACCUGAUGACGAGAGCUUCAGAUCGGGCUCAGGAGCAGCACCGGCAAGCUCUCAUGGCUCAGAUCAACACAGACAUGGAGCUCCUGCUAAACGCUCCCUCAUUAAAAGAUAUGCGUGACGAAGACUCCUGCCUCUUCCUGAGCCGCUCAGCUCCGGUGGCCAUGCGUGCCCGGCAAGCCCACAAUGCCUUGCUUCAGAGCAUGCACCUGCCCUGGUGGAGGAAGCUGGGAGAUGAGUUCUCCAGUCCGGAGUCACUCUCUCAGAAAGACUACGACGUGGAGAUUGAGUCUUUAUAUCUGGGCGGCAGGUGACAACUGUUUAUAACUGUAUUACUUUUUUACGUACCGGAUUGACACGGCUGUUUUUAUCCCUUAUACAGUGUUUAUCCAUGAUCUUGAUUCUGUACCAGCAAAAGGAACAUUAUGACGUAAGAGUCUGUCAUUCUCGUUUGCAAAAAUCGGUGAAUUAUUAAUCCCAAGUCAUUUAUUGUUUUGUAUCCCACAGCACUGUUGAAUUCUUAAAUCUCAUUGGUCAGAAGGUGUUGAAUAAUUUUCUGUAAAAUAUUUUUCUAUACUCUUUCAAUAGUAACAACUAAUCCACAGGGACUUGUAUGGCGGAUGUUGCGCAGAAUCUAAGGCUAAUAUUAAAUAAAUUUUAAAAACGUGGUGUUUAACAAAGAUAAUGUCGCCUUUGAAAUAGCAGAGUUUUCUGUAAGAAGCUGUUUAUUUAACGUUUAUGUCUCCAGUGUCAAUGCUUUGUAAGAGUCAGUAAAUCUUUCCGCCACAGGAUUUUGAACUUUCA